CACAGCGCUCGGCAACUUGGCAAUCAACCGCGCCACAAACGCGUGGACCGUCAGUGGACUCAGGGUGGGCCAGCGCAUCUCGUCUUUCCCUCCCACCACCACCAAGCGUUAUUGUUUUUGGUUGCUCAGACGAGUCAUAGCGUGUGAGCACAUAUAAGAGCCACAUAUUUCUUUUAUUGUGUCCAUCAUCAACCUCCAUUACAAGAGCUCCCCAAGAUUCAAGUUUCAACCCCGUUGCCACUGCAGUUUUCAUUCUAGUAGGUCCUCAGCUGGGAGUCGAGAAGUCUUCGAUCAACAUCUCUGAAGUUCAGAAUGCCUAAGAGCAGCCCCAUCACGCAAAGUCAGAGCGCUAGGCCCAGUCCAUACAGCAGGCCGAAAGAUGCCACACCGUCUGAACCGCCGAAGACCAAAGGCUGGACGGGACCUUGCAAAGAUCUGUACAAAGCGCUUUCUCAAGAAUCUCCACAGGCAAGAAAGUUAGCCCGCCGAUGUGAGAAGUUGAGGAAGAGAUGCUGUCGUAUUGUUGGCCCUGUAGACGACAAUUAUAAGCCCGUCAUCGACCCCCAGCCUUUCUUCCUUGAGCAGCAUCUAACGUCUCGAACAAUUGGGGUCCUAGUCCAGAAGUCGGAAGAGAACCCCAGUAAGACGCUCCUCCUCACAUCGGUCACCCACAGGGAUUGGCUCGAGGUGCGCGAUACCUGCCCGUCCGCCAAUUUGCUGUUCGGGCCACGACCUAGACAAUGGCCUGUUCACGACAUCAAGUCUGCUGAGUUCCAUGAUUGCGAGAUAGACGCCGUUCUCGCGCAUCUGACGUGUCCUCAAAUACACCGUGCAGUGAUAUCGGGGAACUGUGACUCAUCGAGUGACAUUGAAUCUGUGUCAGCCACGAGCAGUAUCCGUGCCUUGAAACUUUCUUCGUGUACGGAUAUCCCGACACUGCUGCGGCUCCUGGAAAUGCCAUUCUUGCGUCAUCUGGCGCUUGAAGUCAACGUGGCGAGCUACGGGAUUUCGGAAAUCCAAAGCCGAGUGACUGAAUUCAAUCGGCUGCCUUCUCUGGCGAGCCACCGACUUCAUUCGCUCGUCCUGAGCAAGAUGCCUUUCGACGAUCUGACAUUGAUGCGGGUGCUCACAGAGCUGCCUACACUCACCCGGCUUGUUGUACAUGAAGCAUCGGAUAAGCUCGACGGUUACGAUGGGUAUAUGCUGUCACGUAGUGUCUUGCGAGACCUGACGCGUGUGCCCCGACUAACUGAUUACAGCCGUAGAUAUCCUAUGCUGCCGAGGCUCAAGGACCUCGAACUAGUAUGGUCGAGUGGGUAUCAUUGGAGAGAUGGUGAGGGACCAGAGGGUCCGCACACAGAGUCGAUGUAUCUAGUCCAGAACAUGAUUGCGUAUGAGGGGUUUGUUACGGAGAUGAUUGAGUCUCGUUGUUUCCGGCCAGAAGGUGACAAGGGUCGUCAGCUGCAACGUUUGGAAUCUGUCGCAGUCGGGUGUCGGCAGCUCUUUGGAACUGACAAGAUGGACGUCAUAACAGCGCCGACUCGUGAAUACCUGGAUGCCUUACCAGCAAGGUGCCGGAAGAAUGAUCAAGAAUACGAGAUUUCGGUGACGAUUAUCGUGCCAACCUAGUGUGAACCUUGCAUAUUUUCCCUCGUUUUCUCAUAUCGGACCGUGUAUGGAACACAAUAGGACACUCUAGCGUAUCAUCAGUCACCUGUGUAGUAUUUAGUAGGCAUCAAUGAAAUAGGUACCUUUCAGCAAAG